AUGCUCGUGCUUCUGACUCAGUCAGCGGCUCCGACUUCUGCUCAGAAAUGCCGCGAAUGUCUGGCGACUGCGCUUCAUGACAAUCCUUCCCUCCAAGUGGAUAGCUGGAAAGGGAAGGCCGCAUCCAGCCGGACCUGGAUGCAACCGGACGUGAAGCCAGGGAGCGGCUCGGGGCUUGGACUUGAUAGUAUCACAGCAUAUGAAGAAUUGAUUGAUUCUAUGCCAUUCAUCAUCAAGGGAUCAGUGGCAGCUUGGAAAACUUGGCAGAAACAAGAGGAGUCUGAAUCGUCGGCAUUUCCCAGUAGACCGAAGAUCGUGGUCUGUGCUCAGGCUCGAAGCUCGACCACUUACGGACAGUGA